ACAGUCUCUCCUCGCCUGCGCUUCACCUCCGUCACUGCACAACUUCACAGAUUACUUUGAGAGCGAGAAAAGUAGAGAGGUGGUAGGUCCUUCAGAUAAAGAGCACAGAGCUGUUCACAAACUUAAGGGAGGAAAUUCCUGCUUUGCUUCAGCUGCCAUAAAAAUAAGUAUAUCAUGGUUCGAGCUCAGUCAUGGGUCAUGACUAAGCACUUUGACGGCUUCCCAAAGAACAGCGACUUUGAGCUCAAACUGGAGGAGCUCCCUGAGCUCAAAGAUGGAGAGGUGCUGUUGGAAGCAGUGUUUCUCAGUGUGGACCCGUACAUGAGGCCGUUCAGCAGAAUUCGCAUGAAGGAAGGAGACGUGAUGAUUGGAAGCCAAGUGGCCAAAGUGAUCCAGAGUAGAAAUCCAGCAUUUUCUGUGGGAAGCCACGUUGUCUGUGACAGUGGCUGGAGAACCCACACAAUCAGUGAUGGGACCGGCCUCACUCCCAUCCUGCCUGAGUGGCCUAAAGAUGUGUCCCUGUCUCUGGCUCUGGGUGCCAUCGGCAUGCCCGGAGUGACGGCUGUUUAUGGGAUAGAAGAAGUCUUGGGACUCCAGAAGGGUGAGACCCUGCUGGUGAACGCUGCAGCUGGAGCGGUGGGCUCCGUGGUGGGACAGAUCGCCAAGAUCAAGGGCUGUAAGGUGGUGGGCUCAGCAGGGACUGAUGCCAAAGUAGCUUACCUCAAAGAGCUGGGAUUUGAUGAGGUCUUCAACUACAAAACUGUUGGUUCCCUGGAGGAGGCUCUGAGGAAGGCUUCACCUGAAGGAUACGACUGCUUCUUUGAAAGCGUGGGAGGUCCUUUUUCAACCGUUGCUCUGCAGCAGAUGAAGAACUUUGGAAGAAUUGCUGUGUGUGGAAGUAUCUCCACCUACAAUGACAGCACACCUCAGAAAGGGCCAUACCCUUACUUCACCAUUAUCAUCAAGCAGCUGAAGAUGGAAGGCUUCUUGAUAACCAGGUGGGAACACAAGCACCCUGAAACCCUCAAGAGACUGUUGGCCUGGGUUAAAGAGGGCAAACUGCAGUGUCGGGAGCACGUCACAAAAGGCUUUGAAAACAUGCCGGCUGCUUUUAUGGGGAUGCUGCAGGGAGAAAACAUCGGCAAGGCUGUGGUCGCAGUCUGAAGGGUUCAAUACAAAAGAGCCAGCAUUAGUAAUAACAGGCAUUAUUACACAAUCUAUGAAUGAAUGAAGGAUUGAGGAAUAAACAUGCAAUCAACAAAUUAUUAGAUUUAAGUAAAUGAUCUGCUGUUGACAGUGUGAUUGUUUAGCAGUAUAGUUUGUUUUGUAGCAAUCCACUGCAAGAGCAAUACCAAUAAAUGACAAAUACAUCUUGAGAUGACGGCUCUAUACCCCGGACUCUUGUUCUGUCAUGCCAGCAAAUACCUGGGUAAGAAGUGUAGCUCUGGUUUUGUUGCAUUUAUUAAUUAUUCAGUGUAACAUGAUUAAGCUGCU